AUGCCCUCCACGCUCCACCCGCCUCCAUUCACAACCUCCGCAUCCUCUCCGCACCUGCCCAGCGAGGUCACCCGCAGAAAACAGAAUGCUAUCGCAGACGAGGACCCAAAUAACAACUCUGACGACGACGACAUAGCCUCCAUAUCGUCCAGUUCCUCGACCGCAUCCCUACCAACAAAUUGGAGCUGGGGCCCAGGCGCAGGAAGCUCUUUUGCGCCGCCGUUUUAUAACCGGCCACCUACUCCACUCCCGCCCUCGCCUUCCCUUACAUCGCUCCUCCGCCCGCCGUUCACACCCUCUCGACCUACCACGCCCGACAGCUCCGACUCCGAAGCCGUUGCUACCUCCUCGCGGAUCGCGCAGUCCACUCCUCGCGCCUCCCCAAAGGUCCCCACCUACGAAUACUAUGGCUUUGUGCUCUACCUCGUCUCCUCGCUCGCCUUCCUCAUCUACAUCAUCUGGUCAUACUCCCCCGCGGCGCUUCUCCAUGCCGUUGGCAUCCACUACUACCCGUCGCGGUGGUGGUCGCUAGCCAUACCGAGCUUUCUUGUAAUGCUGGUGGUGUAUAUAUUUGUUGCGCUCGCAACAUACAAUAUGGAGUACCUCACGCGCGGACUGGACAAUAUCGAGAGCGUAGUUGACGACGCGGCCAAUAUUGCAGCGGUAGACUUUACGCCGAGAGUCGCGACCCCCGUCGUCAUUGUGCCAGCAGUGGGCGAGGAGGAUGCCGGUAACAGUAGCAGUGGCCAGAGGAGGGUGGUGUAUGAGGCGAAAAUGUCGGCCAAGAGGUCUGGCAGGGGCAGGGCGGAGAGCUGUUCAGAGAAGUGGAAGGGCACAGGCGUAUUACCAGGGACCGACGCAGACUGGAAGAGCUUGUGGGGUAGGGGAACUGAUGCAGUGAUGGAUGUGCCCGUAGGAGGGGUGUGUGAGGUGCUGUAUGGAGAUGCGAGAGAAAGAGAGGACUGGGAGGUGGGCGUCGGGGACGAAGAGCUGUACGCGCUGGUUAAUGCCAGUAGUGAUGGGGAUUGGUAG